ACUACGAGGUGGUUUUCAGGAAGAUUUUCCAACAAAGCGAAAGUACCCAACUGUAAUAGGAAGGCUUUUCUUUUUAACUUAAAACUGUCUUAUAGGUAAUUUUUGUGGAGUAAAAUGGAAAACAUUGGCAAUCUACCCUCUUUGGAUAAUGAUUCUUUUGAUUGGAGGAGAUUUAUAAAACAGACUGUUUUGCGCGCCCUGUGCGGGGUAUUCGCCAUUGUGGUUUUUGGAACCAUCUCAGACCAAGGCUACUAUAGCCCCAUGAGUAAAGCAAAUGGCACCUGCAUGUUUAACAACAAUGAAUGCGCAUGCAGCUAUGCGGUGGGAGUUGGAGUCCUGGCCUUUGUGGCUUGUGUUGUGUUCCCCAUCCUGGACAUCAUCAUUUCAAAGAUCUCUGAUGCCACAGCGAAAAGUCGCAUUGUCAAAGGAGAUCUGGCCUUCUCCACGGCUAUGACCUUCCUGUGGUUCAUCUGCUUCUGUGUCUUGCUCAACCAGUGGAGCAGAACUAACUCCGAGUAUGUCAUGGCCGAUGCUGCCCGAGCUGCCAUUGCUUUCUCCUUCUUCUCAAUCAUCACCUGGGCUGUUUUGGCGUACGUUGCAUAUGGAAGGUAUAACGUAAACCUGAACACCUGUGAGUGGCUGACUGCUUUAUUUUCCAGAAUCAAUGGAAAUGGAAAUUCUCAAUAGAUGUUCUCUCUCCCACCGUGCCCUCUGUACAGCAUAGACUUUGAUUGUUCAAAACCCACACAGGCGAGAUUUUUAUUCGAGGCAGCUAUAAUGCAGUCACUGCUGCAAAUAUUAACUUUGAGACUGACUUUCAGCAGCCAAACAGAUUGGAGCUCUGCUCCUCAGGCUCGUAUGCGUCGUUUGUGUCAGCUGUGUACAUGUAACGAGACAUUUAUAAAUUGUACUACAGAAAAUGUGUGUUCCUCGUUAGCCAUGGUUAAAACAGACACUCGGCACUCCUCUGGCAUUAAACGCAUCACCUAUUAUUCCAGGCCUUGAACAUGUGAAUUAUGUGUUUUUAUAGGCAAACUAAUGUAUAAAUAACAUGUUUACAGGAAAUACCCUAAUCUAAUAAAUGUUGAUUUGUGGUAACAGCUUCA